GUCGGGACGGCGCGAGCGCGUCCUGGACACCACGAGCGACUGGGGCGGUUAUGUAAAUGAGAAGAGGCCGCGCAGCCAAUCGCAGGGCGAGCCGCUUGAGUGGCGUCGCUUGCGGCGGCCCCAGGAUGUGGAGAAGUCCCUGACCGGCGGCGAGGCGGAGCUGACCUCGCGUGCUCGCCCCUUCCCGGAGCAGCCGCCGCCGCUGUAGCCUCCGGAGCCCGACGCAGGCACGCGACGAGGUGAAGAUGGCGGCGCGGGCGAGGCGCCGGCUGUGACGACGGGGAAGCUGCGAGCGGCCGAGGAGGGGGCAGCCCUGACCCCGGCCUGAGGGGGAGCCUCGCCCCCGGCCUGAGGCCGUCGGCUGUUGGGCUCCCCACACGAUGUUCUCAGUGCUCUCCUAUGGCAGACUGGUAGCCCGGGCAGUCCUGGGCAGCCUCUCUCAGACUGACUCCCGAGAUUAUAGCCUGGUGACUGCCAGCUGUGGCUUCGGCAAGGACUUCCGCAAGGGCAUCCUGAAGAAGGGCAUGUGCUACGGCGAUGAUGCCUGCUUCGUGGCCAGAAACAGAUCAGCAGAUGUGCUAGGGGUAGCAGAUGGAGUUGGAGGUUGGCGUGACUAUGGUGUCGACCCUUCUCAGUUCUCAGGGACUCUCAUGCGCACUUGCGAACGCUUAGUCAAGGAAGGACGGUUUGUACCAAGCAAUCCUGUUGGGAUUCUCACCACGAGCUACUGUGAGCUGUUGCAGAACAAAGUACCUUUGCUUGGAAGCAGCACAGCUUGCAUUGUCGUUUUGGAUCGAACGAGUCAUCGUUUACACACUGCAAACUUGGGGGAUUCAGGCUUUUUGGUAGUCAGAGGAGGAGAAGUAGUACACCGAUCGGAUGAGCAGCAGCACUACUUCAACACUCCAUUCCAGUUGUCAAUAGCACCUCCCGAAGCUGAGGGGGUUGUCUUCAGUGACAGCCCAGAUGCUGCAGACAGUACUACCUUUGAUGUCCAACUGGGAGAUAUCAUUCUGACAGCCACAGAUGGACUCUUUGACAACAUGCCUGACUACAUGAUCCUUCAGGAGCUAAAGAAGCUAAAGAAUGCAAAUUAUGAAAGCAUACAACAGACAGCAAGAAGUAUUGCUGAGCAAGCUCAUGAACUGGCAUAUGACCCAAAUUAUAUGUCUCCGUUUGCUCAGUUUGCAUGUGACAAUGGAUUGAAUGUAAGAGGUGGAAAACCAGACGACAUCACCGUCCUCCUUUCAAUAGUUGCUGAAUACACAGACUGACUGGCUGAAGACAUCAGUUUCUGAUGACUUGUGUUCUCCAACUGUUCCCAGCUUCACAAGUACUGUUCCUGCUGGCAGGAUAUCUUUCUCUGCAGCUGAUCUCCGUGGCUAUUCUGUGUUACGUCCAUUGCCUAUUUUAAGAUGCAGUCGAGGUCUCUGUCAAGAACCACUACUGGAGUACACUGGGCUAUCUCUUGGAGAACUGAAAUAAUCCAAUGUCCCCUCAAGAUCUGCUAUUUCUGCAACAAUAAAUAGGAAAAGCAAUUUGGGAUUUCAGACCAGAUUGGAUAUGGACAAAACUGUCCACCUUGAGCGCAAAGAUGAAGAUUCUGUGGUUGAAAUUGCUGUUUGGGUGAUGGGUUGCUUCUCCAUGGGAAACCAGGCUAAAUGUAGAAGUGGACUUCUUUAAAAUUCUAUCUGACAAAGAUAGCUGAUCUAAUUAGGAUGCUUUCAUUUCUUGUUAAAUAAGACUAUCAUUACCUGUGCUUACCUAAAAGACAAUUAUGUGAAUUGGAUGUCUGAAGUAUAAUUUGUUCAAGAAUAGUAUUUGUAAAUACAUUUAAAUGAACUGUAAAGAUAUUUAAUAAAUAUAGUAUUUAUACAA